AGCGCAUGUGAUGUCGCACGAGCGAAGAUUAAACGAUUCUCAUGAAUUCCAAGAAAGUAGAGUCAGCAUAUCCGCGAUACGGGGGUGUCAGGCAUGACAUACACACCCACUGAUACAAACACCCACAUCAAUCACGUUUGCAGUUUCCAUCUCACCCCGUCCUCGCCGGCAGAGCGUGUGCUGCACUCCUCCUCUGCGCCACUAGAGGGAGUCACAGCGUCAUAAAUCUUAACGCACGGUAGCUCCCAUCAACGCCCCUGAGCUGCCGGGACGCGGUGACGGAUUGGCAACAAACGAAGAAAACUUCGGGCGUGCGUGCGUGCGUGCGAUUGACAUCCAACUAUUUAAGCUUCAAACUUCUCUCUCACUCUCUCUCUCUCUCUCAAUGCGCUCGCUCUCGAAACUACGAGCAGACACUACUCCGGGCGAAGAAGAAAAGUGAACUGGAUGAUUCUUCUAAAGUGGAGUACGACCUUCCCUCAUUAAGCCAGAGGCUCCUCCAUCAUCGCUCUUCCAUUCUCCGCAUCCUCAGAGUCUUCAAAAAAUUUUCGACCGGGGAUUUCCAGGUGUUGUGAAAACUGUCACCCGGCAGGCCUGCUGCUGACCCCCGGGGUGCUCUGUCGCCAUGGCUACCAACAGGGAACAGCAGGUGGGUCACAUGACGGGCUUCCCACCUGCUGUCUACCCCUUCGCCUUCAACUCCAUGAGAAGCCACUCCCCCUUUGACCUGCUGGCCAACAGCAGCUUGUUUGGGAGAUUUGGCGCUGACCUGCCCAAAGAGAUGGCCGCUCUCUCGGUCGAGACCCAGAGCACCAGCUCUGAGGAGAUGGUACCUAGUUCUCCGUCUCCACCUCCCCCACCUCGCGUCUACAAGCCCUGCUUUGUGUGCCAGGACAAGUCCUCAGGGUACCACUACGGGGUCAGCUCCUGCGAGGGCUGCAAGGGUUUCUUCCGCCGCAGUAUCCAGAAAAACAUGGUGUACACCUGCCACAGAGACAAGAACUGUCAGAUUAACAAGGUCACACGCAACCGCUGCCAGUACUGCAGGCUGCAGAAGUGCUUUGAGGUCGGCAUGUCCAAGGAAGCGGUGCGUAAUGACAGAAACAAGAAGAAGAAGGAUGUGAAGGAGGAGGUGGUGCUUCCUGAGAGCUAUGAGCUAAGCGGAGAGCUAGAGGAGUUGGUCAAUAAAGUCAGCAAAGCUCACCAAGAAACCUUCCCGUCACUUUGCCAGUUGGGCAAAUACACCACCAACUCCAGCUCAGACCACCGCGUCCAGCUGGAUCUGGGUCUAUGGGACAAGUUCAGCGAGCUCUCCACCAAAUGCAUCAUCAAGAUUGUGGAAUUCGCCAAGCGGCUGCCAGGUUUCACCACCCUCACCAUCGCGGACCAGAUUACUCUACUUAAGUCGGCCUGCCUGGACAUACUGAUGCUGAGGAUCUGCACACGCUACACCCCAGAACAGGACACUAUGACCUUCUCAGAUGGCCUGACUCUGAACCGGACUCAGAUGCACAACGCCGGCUUCGGACCGCUCACAGACCUGGUGUUUGCGUUCGCUGGCCAGCUUCUACCCCUGGAGAUGGACGACACAGAAACUGGCCUCCUCAGUGCCAUCUGCCUCAUCUGUGGAGACCGUAUGGAUCUAGAAGAGCCCCAGAAAGUGGAUAAGCUGCAGGAGCCUCUGCUUGAGGCUCUGAAGAUCUACGCUCGCCGCCGCCGCCCCAACAAACCUCAUAUGUUUCCACGCAUGCUGAUGAAGAUCACUGACCUCAGGGGCAUCAGCACCAAGGGUGCGGAGAGAGCCAUCACUCUGAAGAUGGAGAUCCCAGGGCCAAUGCCUCCCCUGAUCAGGGAGAUGCUUGAGAACCCAGAAGCUUUCGACGACCAAACAGAGUGCAACGAGAGCCCGCCCCCUCCACCUCCGCUGCCGCCCCCACCCCCAGCCCUGGUCCUGAAGCAGGAGGCCGAGGAUGAGGACGACAGCUGGGCCACGGAGAACGGGAGCGAGCCGUCGCCAGCGGAGGAGGAGGACGAGGACGACGAGGACGAUGCGGGAGAAGAGGAGCGAGACAGGGGCUCGGACAGUGACGGGGAGUCCUGGGGGGUCCUGGAUGCCAUAGAUGGGUCAAGGAAAGGCCUCGUUGGGAGAGCGCAGUGAACAGAGCAUUUCAUACAUACAUGCAUACAUACACUAACGCACAUGCAGGUUCACACACACAUACACACACACACAUAGUACAGACAUACAGCACAACCUCACUCACUCUCCCACCUCAAGAAAAUGCUGGCCUUCCCUCCCCUCCCUCCCCCCUUCUCUCUCUUUACUGCACAUCACUGUGUCCUCCUCCGCAGAGCACAGCAGAGCCUUAUGUGUACAGACACUUCUAACUCAGGCCACAUGGUCCAUGACAAGUGAACUACAGAAAAGCAGAGUAAAGGAGAGAUGACAGUAAAUCAUAUGAACUCCUGGCAUAGCCAAGAGGGAAGUUAACAUGACAAAAAGAACAUCACCUCUUUGAGAAAGCUAAAUGUCUCUUUUUUUCCACUAUUGUUGUUUAUAUCUAAAAUAGGGGAACGGCCAAACCAGACACCAGAACUGAGCAGUUGAUUCCGAUGGAUUACAACAAGCACAUUUCUCAAAAGAAAACAAGAGCACAGGGCAAAACCAAAUCGAGUAUGCUAAUCUUUUGUUUUUUUUUUGUGGUUAUUGCUUUUGAAUAUUGUUUUCAGUUUUUCUUUUUUUCAAUUUAUGAAUAAGUCCAUACAUAUCUAUAUACCAUUAUAUUUUUGUCUUUAUUUGUUAUUCUGGUUUUAUAUAUGAAUUCUUUAGACAAGUUUUUUCUUUGAAGAGCUUUCCUGAGAAGAUAUUCAGAGGGAAAGAAGGGUAAUCAGAACUGGCUGGGUCUUCCUUAUCAGCUACAUAUGCUUGGCUGGGGCUUUUUUGGGCACUUUGGCUCACUGUGGAUGUCAAUGAUAAUCAACCCAGAGGACUAUUGUUAUGUUGCAGUGACUUUAAUCAGUUUCUGUUAUCAGGGAAUUGGCAUUAUUCUAUUUUUUGCUCUCGUUGCAGCCAACACACGCUGUCAAUGCGGAAAGUAACUAUCUAUGUGCCAAAGUUAGGAAAAGUCAUCUUCGGAGCAUGAGUUUGACUACUGGCAGGGACUCCAGCCACGAUCCAGCGAUCCUCACAGCAGAGCGCUCACUCACACAUGCACUAAGACAGACACAUCCUUGAUCUCAUGCAUGGUAUAUACACACAAAAGCAUACAGACAGACACACACACACACUCCUUUCACUCUACCCUCAGCUGUAGGAGAUGUGCCGACCUGGCAUCGAGUGCCUGGACAGAGAUUUACACUUGAUCGUAUAUGUAGCACUUUUGUGAUCCUCUAUUCAAGCAGGGCACACCUCAUCUGCUGAGGGUAGAGUUACUGUCUGUGAGUUUGUAUCUCCGUUAGCACGUCCCACACGAGGACAACGUCAACAAAUUGAAUACAAUCAACCCUAGAGCACUGCCCGAUUAUGUCAGUAGCCGAAUACACACUUUCAGCACAGAACAAAAACAUCCUCACAUGGCGGCGACAUUAUAUGCAUCGAUACGAUGAUCAAAGACAUAUGCAAGUCGAAAAGCAGGAAUCCUUAUGGAAGACAUUUUGGAAUCAGACUCAGGGCUUUUCAGUAAGGACCAAACCCUAGCUGCUUUCAGGCACGCUAGAAACAGGCAAUAUUUAUGUGUGUAUUCUUGACUCCGUUUCGAUCAGCUCAGACCCCCCUCUGCGUGUACAUAGAAGGUAACAAGUCUGAAAAACAGCAUGGAUGCCAGCAGACUGACUCUCCCAGUGGGGAGGGGCAAAUCAUCAUCAUCAUCUUCAUCCUCCUCAUCAUCGUCGUCAUCGCAGCCCCCUCCCUGCCUGUGCUCGCGCUGGCAUCCAUGCAGCAAACUGCCUUCUCAUCCCAAAAGCCAUUAUAUCAACUUGUCUUCUUGUGUAUAUCCUCACUUCUCUUUAAAGGAGCUGCAGAGGAUUAUGUGUUCUCGUGUAUCAUUUCUUUAUUGCCAAAAUGUCUCAGUAGGCGAUCAGCUGGGAGAGUGCAGCUGAUAUACAGUACAGAGGGUUUUUGGUUUUUUUUGUUUUUUUGUUUGUUUUUUUUGUCUCUCUUCGAAGCAAUAUGAACGUUCUCUCUGUAGUGGUGAGAGGUCCCAUCUUCUGAAUACGGGCAGGUCUCCUCAUUUAGAGUUGAGUGUGUGUGUGCGUGUGCGUGUGUGUGUGUGUGUGUGUGUGUGCGUGUGUGUGUGUGUGUGUGUGUGAAUGCUGUAACACAGUUUCAGUCAUAGGGUGAAUGUGUGUGUGUGUGUGUGUGAAUGCUGUAACACGGUUUCAGUCAUAGGGUGAAUGUCCUCGGUAUGGUGCUAUCACACAGAAACUCUUGUGUGAUGACCUCAUCCUUUCUCUCUGCUGGGCUGCCAUGAUAUUAACCGUGGUAAUGCAGGCAGAAUAUUGAGAUUAUGUUGUUCUGUUUUUGUUUUUCAACAAGUUGUUGUCUACCCUCUGUUUAUGUCAACUCUUGUCAUACAAAGAAAAGCCAUAUAAACAGUAAGAGGCACAAUAAACUACUUUUGUGAGAUUA